CUGCUUCCGGGUCAAUGCAGGACACUGGGCUCUGGCGGCCGGAGAGGGGGUCGAGGUGAAGCGGAGCCGGGCCGGGGCCGGCCGGGAGCAGGCCGGAGGCCGAGCGGAGGCGACGGCGGUGGCCGGGCGGGCGGAGGCGCAGCCGGAGCAGCCGCCGCCUCCCGGGCCGAGGGACUUUUCAGAAAAGAAGAUGGACCAGCCUAGUGGAAGAAGUUUUAUGCAAGUAUUGUGUGAAAAAUACAGUCCUGAAAACUUCCCUUACCGUCGUGGCCCUGGGAUGGGAGUCCAUGUCCCAGCCACUCCUCAGGGCUCUCCCAUGAAAGAUCGCCUCAACCUCCCAAGUGUGCUCGUGUUGAAUAGCUGUGGGAUUACCUGUGCAGGAGACGAGAGAGAAAUUGCUGCCUUCUGCGCUCACGUGUCCGAACUCGAUCUUUCUGACAACAAACUGGAAGACUGGCACGAGGUCAGUAAGAUUGUGUCAAAUGUUCCUCAGUUGGAGUUUCUAAACCUGAGUUCCAAUCCUCUGAAUCUGUCGGUUUUAGAGAGAACAUGCGCUGGGUCCUUCUCGGGGGUUCGCAAACUUGUCCUCAACAACAGCAAAGCAUCAUGGGAAACAGUGCACACGAUACUUCAGGAGUUACCAGAUUUGGAGGAGCUCUUCCUGUGCCUUAAUGACUAUGAAACAGUGUCUUGUCCUUCUGUCUGCUGUCAUUCCCUUAAGCUCCUACACAUCACAGACAAUAACCUCCAAGACUGGACUGAAAUCCGAAAGCUCGGGGUAAUGUUUCCUUCCCUGGAUACCCUGGUCCUGGCCAACAAUCAUGUGAAUGCUAUCGAGGAACCUGCUGACUCCCUGGCUAGGUUGUUCCCUAAUCUGCGAUCCAUCAGCCUCCACAAGUCAGGUUUGCAGUCAUGGGAAGACAUUGACAAACUAAAUUCCUUCCCCAAGCUUGAAGAAGUGAGAUUGCUCGGAAUUCCUCUUCUGCAGCCAUAUACCACCGAGGAGCGCAGGAAACUGGUGGUGGCCAGACUGCCCUCUGUUUCCAAACUCAAUGGCAGCGUUGUGACUGAUGGAGAGCGAGAAGAUUCUGAGAGGUUUUUCAUCCGGUACUAUGUGGACGUCCCACAGGAGGAAGUGCCAUUCAGGUAUCAUGAACUCAUUACAAAAUACGGGAAGUUGGAGCCUUUGGCCGAAGUGGACCUGAGACCCCAGAGCAGCGCCAAGGUGGAAGUCCACUUUAAUGACCAAGUGGAAGAAAUGAGCAUCCGCCUGGACCAAACAGUAGCAGAACUGAAGAAACAACUAAAAACUCUAGUGCAGUUGCCCACGAGCAGCAUGCUUCUCUACUACUUUGACCACGAGGCCCCCUUCGGCCCGGAAGAGAUGAAGUACAGCUCCCGAGCCCUGCACUCUUUCGGCAUUAGGGAUGGAGAUAAAAUUUUUGUGGAAUCAAAAACAAAAUAACCUCUACCAGCCUUGUAAAAACUCACAUAAGGACUUCCUGCAGGGUGUUUGUUUCCAGCGUGCUUUUCUUUAGGAGGAAGGGCAUUUCUGUUUCGUUUUGGGUUUUGUUUAGCUUUUGGAGGGGUUUUGUAUAUUUUCUUCCCCUAGAAUGGGUAGGGGAUUGUUUUUGGUAUUUUCUACCACAGAUUACUUCAGCUCAGUCAGCAGACCUGGCUGCAUCUCCAGUCUUUAUGCUCUUUCUCUCUCUCUCUCUCUCUCCAGUCUUUAUGCGCUCUCUCUCUCUCUCUCUCUCUCUCUCUCUCUCUCUCUCUCUCUCUCUCUCUCUCUCUCUCACACACACACACACACACACACACACACACACACACACACACACUCUCUCUCUCUCUCUCUCUCUCUCUCUCUCUCUCUCUCUCUCUCUCUCUCUCUCUCUCUCAUGAAAGAUGACAGAGAAAUCACCGACUUCUUACUGUGUUGCUGGGGUUUGUCAGCCUCUGGGCUCUUUCCUGCUAGGCUCGAAGACAGACUGGUCCCUCAGAGGGGUGGUGCAGUGUUCAGAUCCAGAGAUGGGGAUCUUCCCUGGAAGGGCCAGCACCUUCCAUCUCCGGUUCUUCUUCCCCUCCUCCUCUUUUCCUUCCUGGGGUUCAUUUUUCACUCUGACUUGCACACACUUACCUGGUAGUUUUAGUCUGUUUAUAAUUUACUUGGUGGGUUUUUUUUUUCCCCUCAAAUUUGAUACACACCCCCCAUUCUCCGUUUUAAAUGCUUUUGAGUAUUUUAAGCAUUUUCUCAGCCGGAUUCUGAUCUCAGGAACUCCGUUAGGCUUUUAAAGAGAAGUAGGUGAAGAGUUAAACCCAAGGAAACUUGCUGUUUCCCUGGCAGCGUGGGCGGGGCUCUUUAACCCCUCUGCUCCUGAAGCCCCUUGUGCAUGCAAUCAGCCAUCACUCCCGUUACAUCUUGUCUUUCUGCUUAGGGAUUGCAUUUCCUGACAGCUUUAUCACAUAAGCUACUGGAAAUAAAGGGAGAGCCUGGACAGUUCUGGGGAUGCACUCCACAGCAGAGGCAGCUGAUAGGCUGGCCAGGGUGUGGGGCGGAGGUGGAGGGAUCAGGAGAGUGAGCUUGCUUGCGCUCCUGCCUGUAUCGUCCAUCCAAAGCCCUGUCCUAGCAAUGUCAUUAAAAGAGAGAUUUUCAUCAAAGGGAACUGCGGUUCCCACCUUUCUUGGGACUUUGUGAUGUCAUAAUUGAACAGCUGUUUUGUUUUAUAUUUCAUUUGACGUCCCCUGUGGAAUGAUUUUUGCCUAAUCUAUGAGUGAAGUUUCAGUGUCACAACCCCCCAGGUUUCUUUUGCAGAAGUGUGUCUAAACCACUUGUCCUUUAUUUAACACCAGUUCCCUGCAUACUCUGGAACCUUCUUCCUUGGCCUUCCGUUCUUUGUUAAUUAGAGUAGGUCCUUUCUUUAGUAUACAGAUUUUUUUCUUUUUACCUUUGUUAUGGGGUUCCACUUCUACAAACUUCUUUCUUGUCAGCUCUUUAGAUGGCCCUUACGGCUUCUUCAUGGAUGGGGAGCUGUGGUUUUUCGUUUCCUCCUCCACGUGGCAGGCGUUUGUUCUCUUGAUGCACUUCAGGUUCAGUAUCUCUAAAGCUGUGGACUCAGGCCUACUGAAGCAGGCCUGCGUUCACCGCAGCGCUAAAGGAAAGAAAACCAAAGGGUUUAGAAAGAUGAGUAAGGCCGGUUCUCCUGCUGCAGACUUUAUCUCAGAAUUCUAAAAGUGAGCAGCAGGGAUCAGGCCAGUAGAGACAAGGACAAUUAUUUUGCAGUUGCAUUUUCUGGACAGAUUUUUGGAAAUAAGAAAAAAAAAAAAGUGUGGCCGCAGUGUCACGAAGAUGAAGACUGUGGGUGCUUUGUGUCUGUGCGCGUGAGUGCGGAGGAGGGUGCGAGCGAGCGAAACUGUAAUGGAGACUUUGCUUUUGUCGGCCUGGGAAACAGAUGCACUCUUAUUUUUGAACUUUGGAGCCACUCCCGUCCCACAGCAGAAGGCAGAGUGAGCACUUACACUUUGGGCAUAAGUGGAAUGGUCACAAUAAGAUAUUUUAUAUAUGACAAAGUUUUACGAGACGCUUUUUUACUCUUAGAGACCCGUUUCUUCUGUUGUUACAGAACACAGUGUUUAUCUACUGCAGACCUAAUCCUUUAGUACACUUGCAUGGAAAGGGAACUGCUCAUCCAAUUGAACUGGUGGAGGUAUUUCUGGGGCAUUGUAAUUGGUGGUUUGAAUAAUUGCCGAAUCAUUUCCAAUUAAGAAAAUCUCACAGACAGUCCUUGGGCUUCUAGAAUUACAGAAGUAACUGAGAAAGCUGUUUGAGCAUGCGUAUUUACAGAUUUAUUUGGGUGGCUGAGUAAAGAGGCUGCUUUUGAAAUAAAAUUGGUGCUGUGUAGACAUUUAUAAUUAUUUAUAAUUUUAUAAUACUCUGUUAUAAAAUUAUUUUUAUAACAGACACAGAAGGAGGAAAGAAGGGACUGUGGACCUUUGAGUCUGCACGUUACGCAUCAUGCUUGUCUGUAGCUUGUCUGUAUUUUAAUAUUGACUCUAUCAGAUCGAGUGGGAGCAUAUUGUUGACAGUUAGGAGGCAAAAUGCUGUCCUCACCGGUAUUACAGAGAUGUGCCUUCAGGCACAGCAGAGAGAGCAUGCCUUUCUAAAGUAGAAAUUCUUUUCAGUUGUGGAAAAGGAAAGGAAUAACACAAGAAAGCCAAACCCAAACCAAGAGUCCUACCUGUGGGUGGAGCUGCUAAAGCUGUGGUCCAAAUUGAUUUGAGUUUGAUUGUUGAGAUCUAGAUUUCUUUACAAGAAGGAAAGGCCCACAGUUGCCUAUUUCUGCAGCCUGUUGCCAUAAAUGCAUAAGAAAGCAGCGGUGAUGAACACUCCUUUUAAAGACCUUUUGGUGAAAAUGAAGCCGAAGGGCUGAGGGCUGUGAUGCUACACCCACAAAGAGCUGCUUAACUAAGGGGAAGAGCAAAUGCAAUUGCAACUGGGUUUUUUAGCCAUGUCGCCCCACCAGUCAUGCUGGGAGCAGAGGACACUUGGUUAUGCAGUUUUGAUCACCAUGGGAGCCAUGCCACCAAUAGCUUUCCUAACCCACAGAGUGUGGCUCUCUGCACUGCAGCUUAGGCCAAGGGCUGGGAGAGCAUGCCUUCAGAAUGCUCCAGAGUUCCUACGUACCGUCAUUUCUGUUGAUGAAUUCGACUCUCCCUUCAUUUCAUGUAAGACUGAAAUGAAACAAACCGCUUUCAAGAAUGCCCAGAAGCUCUGUGUCCCCAAGUGUUGCUGUGAACUCUACUGUUUUUCAUAGGUGCUUCCUUCAAAUGUAUGUUUCUUGUAGUGACAGAGAGGGGCUGGACUCUCAGGCCCUUUACAGUUGUCUCCUGCAGUUAAUGGAAAUAUAAAUAUAUAUAUAUAUAUAUUUUAUUUUAGAAUAUAAUUUAAACAUGGAGGUCUAUUCUUUGCACUUUUUAUUAAUAUAUAUAGAGAGAUAAUCUUUAAAAAAUUAAAAAUCCAAGUCCAUUUAA